AUGUCAGCUCCAGCGGAGCCUCCUGGUGAGAGAGGGCGGCGAGACUUGGGCGAUCUCAUCUCCCAGCUGGUCAUCGAGACGUACAAGACUCUGCCCAAGAGCGGCAAGCCCAACGCUGGCGAGUGGACCAUCUUGGCGGGGAUCGUGGCUACUCGAGUGAAGUGUAAAGCAUCGCACGAGGAUCAUGCCCCAUCCCCUCAUUCCUCACUCGAUCCCUCUGAGCUCGAAUUUCGCCUCCUCUCCCUCGCCACGGGAAACAAAUGCCUGGGAGCGUCGAAGCUGAGGGGAGACGGGAGAGUCCUGAACGACUCGCAUGCAGAGGUUCUAGCUCGCAGAGCCUUCAUGAGCUUUCUCUACUCUCAAGUAGAGCUCUUCCUCGAGGACGACCGCCAUCUCUGUCUGCUCGACAGAAGCUCCAAGCUCGAUCAGGGAGCGGCCAGCAGGCUCAGGCUCAAGCAUGCAUGCCAGCUUCACUUGUACGUCAGCCAGGCUCCCUGCGGUGACGCCUCAAACUUUGAGAUCGGAGAGGCGAACCUGUGCGUGAGCUGCCGGCUAGACCGUUGA